GUAGAUGAAUUGCGUUAAACACUGCGCCAAAACACAACCUUCCCUUCGACCAUCGUGUUAGGAUAUGGAAAUCCCCACGAAACAGAAAUCAGUUCUGCUGACUGUCUGAUAUACCGAUGAACAGCCAAAGGGGAUGAGGUAGGUUACAUGACAUACACGUAGUGUACCAUGUGUCCCCCGCUACCCACACAGCCUCAGUCCUGGAGUGUGACACACUGACACCCGCGCCACAGUCAGGUUGCAUUUCGCCGGAUAUCACCAUGAUUCGGAUUCUGUGAAGAAUGUGUACCAUGUGAGAACAGACCUCGGUUUAUCCGGUGAACAGGGUUGCACUGUACGCCUGACUCCCCAACUGAGCUGCUAGGGUGCUACUAUCACUGACAGCUGGAUACGCCCCUAGCUGAACGAUUCCUGGACGCACCCAGUCAAUCUGCAGCUGUUACGUGUCAAUAUUGCCGGGAUCAGCAGAUGUCCGGGGACGUCCUGCCAUCUCCAAACUGGAAGUUCAGGGUUGAUUACCAACGUGGUACCACAUAGACAGCUAGAUACGCCCUCAUGCGUCAAGUCACUUUCAACAUCUAAUCUUACAGCACCAUGGACAGAGCCUCCGUCCAGAAGCUCGUUGCUGAUAUACUGCGAUGCAUUCAGGACGAGGAACGGAAGAAGCAGGAGGUGAUGGACGCUCUGAAGCACCUAGCAGAUGAACUGGAUGUCAAGCAACGAGACAUGAACAUCGCCAAGACUGCCUUCGCAUCAGGUGGGAUCGCAGCUACGGGCUUAACUGUCGCAGGAAUAGCAGCAGCCCCAUUCACCUUUGGAGCAUCCCUAGGGAUGACCGCAGCGGGCGUUGCUCUUGGUGUGUCCAGUGGUCUUGGUGGACUGGCGACAACCAUUGCUGACAAGAUCAUCAACAGCAAGACGAUGACAGAAGCUCAAGCCAAGAUUGAUGACUAUCAGAAAACUGUUACAGACUUGGCCAGCCUCCUUGAGAGUGUGAAUUCCAAUAACAGCCAUGAACUUCGCAAUAGGAUCACUGAAGAAAUCGACAGCCUGGGAGAAAGUGAGAGUCAGGUGACCCUGGAACUGAUCCUCAGUGGGCUGAAGACAGCAGCAGAGGCGGGCGGAUCUGCUGCCAGGACAACAGCUGUUGUAGGGGCAGUCGCAGCUCGGACCACGUUGGCAGUGGGGAAGACGAUGAUGGACGUGAUGGAGACGGGGGCCAAAGCCAUGAAGGUCGGGGGAGUUGUGCUGUCGGUGUUGACUGUGCCACUGGAUCUGCACACUAUGAUCUCCAACAGCAUAAAGAUCCACAAGAACACGCCAUCUGAAACUGCAGUGGAGAUCCGAAAUAUGGCAAUACAUUUGGGGAAAAUGAAUGCUGAAAUUCGACGAGAACGCCUGAUACAGAUAGUAGACAAAGUACCCACUGAUGUCACUGAACUCGCCAAGAAGUAUGAUACAUGCAACUACCUUCCUACAUUGCUCAAGCUGUUCUGUAUCUGUGUGCAGGUCUCCGCCAUUGUGUUCGUUAUACUUGUUCCACUGACAUGUGUUUUAAUGGAUGUUUGGUUUUCAACUUCUGCCUUCUUGAAGUCAUGUGCAACAACUGUAGUUGUGUGUGGACUAGUCAAUCUUGUGUUAGAAAUGUACUUGAUUAUUUCAAAUAAUUCCAUUUGGGAUGAUGUGGAGUCGAAACUUGACAAAUUUGUAAAUGCAAUUACGUUUGUCACCCGCAUGGAUGACGAUGAUGAUUUCCGAGUUGAAGUGCGUUCAUUACAUUGUACAAUUCAAGGCAAGAUCCAUGCUGGGGAGUAUAUGAAAUGUAUCAAUGGUGAGUUUAUAUUGAUUGCAGUAACAUUGAUCCUCGAUGUCUGCCUUUUUCUGCAUUGCGGACAAGGAGAGGCUACGGAAACCGCAGUCUUGAAUUUCAAGACAUCCAAAGACGCUGCCAAAUCUCUGGCAGUCUACACCAAUAACCAUCAUAUGGUUGGACUCGGUGGACUGAUGUUUGGUGUUCUCUCUUUACCGAUAUCACUGUUUCUCCUGCAAUCCUUGAGUUCAACAGUUCGUGGCCUUAAGAAAUCAAAAGUAGCUGAGGCUAUGGAGGAUCUUGGGGAGGAUUUCAGACAUCGCUUUAACAAACUUCUCGUUCAAGCUGAUUAUAAUUCGACUCCAGUUUAAACAUAGAUACCGAGGCUAUAUUAAAAACAGAAAUACAGACCAGCGUGAAAUGCAUUGUCAAUGCAAUAAAACAGCAUAUGUUUUAUACCAAUUAGCUAGUCGGAGAGGGGGGAUCGGAAUGGCCGAAAUCGUCCCAUAUGCACCAUGCUUGCCUAAAGACAUCAAAUCGAGUGUCACUAAUUAUAUGGCUAGAUCACAUCGUCAGACUCUACACAGUGAGACGCUGUUUGUCCAGACAAACUUUCAGGUGAAAACGACCGAAUUAAGAAAUGACCGGAUAAACAAAUCAUGAGUACAUUGUAACUGUAUUAGGACGUCCCCACCAGGAAUCAGGCUGAUUACGAUGUGUCCAGACUGUUUCACUGUGUAGUGUAAUCCCCACCCCUUAAUGUUCAUCCUACUUCAAUCAUGUUCUCCUUAUUUGUUCAUGUUUAUCCUACAAUUGGCAAUUGACUAGAGAUUUCUUAUAAUUAUGAAAUGGGUUAAAUUGCAUUUUAAUUAGAAAUAUUAAACUGUAAUGACCUCA